AUGGCAAAAUGGUACGUAGUGUUUGUGCUUGCACUAGUAGUAGUGCAUGCCACUGCUAGAAAUAUUCCCACUGUCACAACACAUAGUGACACCAAUGGACCCCGUGAGAACACUGAGAAUGUACCCAAAGCCACCGCAACCGGCGGCGCUGGAGUGGAUGAUGAGAAGAACUUCAUUACUUACGGUGGCAUUGGUGGCUUUGCUGGCGUUGGUGGCUACGCCGGGGUGCUCCCCACUCUUGGAGGCAUUGGUGGACUUGGUGGUGCAGGUGGACUCGGUGGUGGUAGUGGGAUUGGAGGACUAGGCGGGCUUGGUGGUGCAGGUGGACUUGGUGGCGCAGGUGGUCUGGGUGGUGGCGCUGGUGGUCUAGGUGGUGGAGUUGGUGGUGCUGGUGGUGGAGCUGCAGGCGGAGCUGAAGACGAAGAGAAGUCAUCUCUAUCGACAUCGCCCCUCUCAGUUCUCUCUGUUUCUCGAUGCCAAAGACAAAGCCGAAGUCAUCUCCAUCACCCUUCUUAG